UUCAAAAGGCUCUUAGUUUCGCGCAUGCGCAGAUCGCGUCUCCACUUCUCGACGGCCGGCUGCAGUGGACAGAGGUAUAAGCAACAAGCCGGCGAGUGGAGACGAACUUUCAUCCGAGUGAGUCAUGGCCCAGUUCGGGGGACAGAAAAAUCCGCCCUGGGCGACUCAGUUUGCCGCCACGGCCGUGUCCCAGCCGGGCCACACGGCCCACACGGCCCAGGCUCUUGACAUCAACUUGCACUCUCUUGGCGUGCAGCAGCCUUCUCUCCUGGGAGCCUCCCCCGCCGUCUACUCCCAGCAGUCGGCCUUGGCCGCAGCCUCUCUCGGCAACCAAUCCGCCGCUUCCUAUCAGCUGUCUCAGCAGACGGCCGCCUUGCAGCAGCAGGCGGCAGCGGCAGCCGCUGCCGCGGCACUGCAGCAGUCGCAGAUCAAUUCAGCCCUGCAGCAAUAUCAGCAGCAGCAGCAACAACAACAGCAGCAGCAACAGCAGCAGCCGCCCCCACAGCAACCGCCGCAACAGCCAUUGUACAGUGUGCCUCAUCAGCUUCCACAGCCUCAACCGGCACUGCUGUCACAGCCGCCAGUGGCUUUGCCCACGAGCUUGAGCCUGUCCAAUCCCCAGCAGACGGCCCAGAUCACCGUGUCGUACCCGACGCCGCGCUCCAGCCACCAGCAGCAGCCGCAGAAGCAGCGCGUCUUCACCGGCGUUGUCAACAAGCUGCAUGACACCUUUGGCUUCGUGGACGAAGAUGUCUUCUUUCAGCUCAGCGCCGUAAAAGGGAAGACGCCGCAAGUGGGCGACAGGGUGCUGGUGGAGGCCGUGUACAACGCCAACCUGCCCUUCAAGUGGAACGCCCAGCGCAUCCAGACCUUACCUCAGCUCGCGAACCAGUCGCAUCAGCAGCAGCCUCAGCCUUUACCUCAAGCUUCCCCGCAGCUGGGCGGCCUUUACAAUGAGCCAGGGAUACAGCUGCGCUACUCUGACAUGCACCCCGCAGCGGACGGCAGACAAAAUAGUCAUCCUCCGCCUCCCAACAUGAUGAAGGCUCCCCCCAUCCUUCAGUCGCUACCUCCUCCGACCACAUUCAGUGUUCCGCCCCCGGCUCCUCCUCCUUCCCUACUGCAGGCCCAGUUAUCUGCCGCCUCGCUAGGCCCCCUCCUCCAAAACCCGCCGCAGCCUCUGCUGCCGCCUCCCAAAGGGGGUCUCCUUCAACCCCCGGUGAGACUCAUGCCACAAUCGCAGCCUGUCCGACGGAUCGAACCUCCUCCGCGCUUCCCUCCUCGCAACGAUCGCCCUCCUGAGCUCAUCCUCCGCAGUAAAGAGGAUCGCAGCCGAGACAGAGAGCGCGAGCGCAGACGGUCGAGAGAGCGCUCGCCCGUGCGCAAACGUUCCCGAGAGCGCUCCCCGAGACGAGAGCGCUCGCCGCGGCGCCCUCGCAGGGUGGUGCCUCGCUACACGGUUCAGUUUUCCAAGUUCAGUUUGGACACUUCGAGCUGCGACAUGAUGGAGCUGAGGCGGCGCUAUCAGAGUCUGUAUAUUCCCAGCGACUUUUUUGGCGCGGCCUUCACUUGGGUGGACGCCUUCCCCCUGACGCGACCCUUUCAGUUCAGCAACGCCUGCAACUUUCACAUAUUGCACAAGGAGGUGGAUCCUUUUGUCAAAAAUACAGCUGUGCUGGAUCCGCCCGACGCCAAUCACACCUACAGCGCAAAGGUGAUGCUUCUGGCUAACCCAAGUUUAGAGGAGUUAUAUCACAAGUCAUGUGCCCUCGCAGAAGAUUCCCAGGAGGUCAGAGACUCCUUCCAGCACCCCGCAAGACUCAUCAAGUUUUUAGUGGGCAUGAGAGGCAAAGACGAGGCCAUGGCCAUCGGUGGCCACUGGUCUCCCUCUCUGGACGGAGCCGAGCCAGAGAAGGAUCCCUCAGUCCUCAUAAAGACAGCUAUACGCUGUUGCAAGGCACUCACGGGCAUAGAUCUUAGUCUGUGCACUCAGUGGUAUCGUUUUGCAGAGAUUCGCUAUCACCGGCCGGAGGAGACACACAAGGGGCGGACAGUCCCCGCUCAUGUGGAGACAGUGGUUUUGUUUCUUCCGGAUGUUUGGCAUUGUCUUCCUACCCGCUCAGAGUGGGAGGCGCUGUCGCGGCGACUCCGGGAGCAGCUGGCUGAGAAGCUGUUGGCCGAGCGAAAGGAGGCGGAUGGAGAACAGGAGGAAGAGGAGAAGGACGGUGAGGAAUCAAAGGAUGUCUGCACUCCUACUCACUGGACCAAACUUGAUCCGAAAUCAAUGAAGGUCAACGACCUGCGCAAAGAGCUCGACUGUCGCGCUCUGAGCUCCAAGGGCUUAAAGUCGCAGCUGAUCGCCCGACUCACCAAGCAGCUGAAGGUGGAGGAGCAGCUGGAGGAGUCCAAGGAACCCGAGAAGCCAGAAAUCAAACCGCCCGAGGAAGAAGAGCCGCUCCGCACCGAGGAGGACAAAGAGGAGGAGGAAAGGAAGAGGCAAGAGGAGCUCGAGCGCCAGCGCCGAGAACGGCGCUACAUCCUCCCAGAUGAGCCCACCAUCCUCGUUCACCCCAAUUGGGCCGCCAAGAACGGCAAGUUUGACUGCAGCGUGAUGUCCCUCAGUGUACUGUUGGACUACAGGCUGGAGGACAAUAAGGAGACCUCUUUUGAGGUUUCCCUCUUCGCCGAGCUGUUCAACGAGAUGCUGCAGAGGGAUUUCGGUUACCGCAUUUACAAAGCCCUCGCUGCCAUCCCCGUCAAGGAUGAAAAGAAGGAAAAGGAGAAGAAGGUCAAAAAAGAAGCCGAGAAGAAGGAGCUGGAAAAGAGGGAAAUAAAGAAGGAGAAAGAGGAAGACGGCGACGAGCCAGCAGCGAAGAAAUCAAGAGAGGACGACGAGGUCGAGAGGAGGAAGACCGACGACAAGGUGGUGAAAAAGGAGGAGUCACGUGACGAGGACGAGAACGAAGAUGACGGCAGCACGGCCAACGCAGAGGAGUACGACCCGAUGGAGGCCGAAGAUGCAGAUGAAGAUGACGACGACGAUGACAAGGAUGACAACGACGACAGGGACAGAAGAGAUCGCAAAGAUGAUCGCAAAUCGCCAAAAGACAAGAAUUUAAAGGACAAGCAGGACAAGAAGCAGAUGAUCACGCACAACAAGGAGCUACUGAUGGCGUUUGUUUACUUUGAUCAAAGUCACUGGGGCUACCUACUGGAGAAAGACUUGGAGGAAAUCUUGUAUACGCUUGGACUGCACCUUUCGCGUGCCCAGAUCAAGAAACUGCUGAACAAGCCGGUCGUGAGAGAGUCGUGCCAUUACCGAAAACUAACCGACAGGCCAAAGGACGAGCCCGAUUUCUCCCCCACUGAAGUCCAAGUGGAGAAUCCCUUAGGCAACAGAGAUCUACUCCCUGCUCCCAAGUGGAUUGCACGCUCGGAAACCAGCGAAUCCAGCACGCUGAUCGUGUACAACGGCGCCAUGGUGGACAUUGGCAGCCUGAUGCAGAAGUUGGAGAAGAGCGAGAAGGCGCGCGAGGAGAUCGAACACAAGCUCAUGGUGCAGGACGCCAAGAUGGAGGAAGACGCCAUGGUGAAAGCGCAACUGGAACAAGACAACAGGUGCUUGACAAAGGAGCUGGAUGAGACGACAAGCACCCUGAGGCAAACGGAAAAAACACUGAAGGACGCCGAGGAGCAGACUUGCAUCUACCACGAGCAGCUCACCAAGACCUGCAAGGCUCUGACAGAUACGGUGAAAGGGCUGACGGCGGUGAUGAGAAAGGAUCAAGAUGAAAAUGACAAGGAGAAAAGCGUGCCGCUUCAAAUGAAUGGCGCCAAAGAACCAGCCACCUCUUAAAUCAGCGGUUGGGAACAUGCUACCCUUGGGCCAAUAUACAUGACCGGCCCGCCAUGCAAUGCUAAAAACGGAUAAAACCUCAGAGGAACUGAUAGGAAAAGCUCCCAAAACUUUAAAUCCACAAAUACUUGUCAAGUCCACAAAUCUGUUUGAUUGUUGACAUGAAAAGACCCCCCGCCCCCUACAUUUUGCAUGGCCCAUGGUGGGUAAAAGGUUCUCGACUGCUGUAAUAACUGAUCUAAAAUACUCAUUGUCUUCACUUGUAAAUAUUCACAAAGCGAUUUUUAUUGUUUGGACCUUGUCUCAACUCCCUUUGUGGGUUUAGUCAUAAAUUAGUUCCUUUAUUGACCUGUGUACAUAUUUGUUUUUUUUUUGUUUUUUUACCAUACUUUGUUUAUGAGCUCACUUUCUAUUUUUUUCCGUUUGUUGUGCCAGUUUGUGUGAUAGUUGUGCUAUUAAGAGAUUUAGGUUUUUUUUCUAAUAGGCAAUGCCGAGCUAAUUUAUGUGCAAGAGAAUUUCUAACGAAUUAUAUUUAAACGACGAUAACUUUGGAUUCAACAAGGGUCAUCCUGACUUGCCUUGUAAAUAAGAUGUCAUCCACUGUUGAAUAAACAGUUUUUUGUUUGUUUU